UUCCUGCGGGACAAGUCGUCGACAGUGGAACGUUUGGCGUUUUUGCGGUGCGUAUUGUGGACCCUUUUCUUCUGGGAUGUUUUGGGGGAUUUGAGGGAUGGUUUUUUUUCUUUGCUGCAAAUUUCAAGCUAAAAGUGUUGAAGGGGUGGCUAUCCUUCUAUGUGACCCAGGGAUUCCUCUUAUAAUUCCCCGGUUGAGUGUAGCCUGUGUGGCUCUGCUCUGAGCUACCUGUUCAUUUGGUUCGAGGGCAGCUUUAGUGGCUCCAUAGAUAUCUGUUGGGACAGGAUUUUUUUUGCUCCCAUUUUCCAUAAAACUCUUGGUAGUUUUUAGGUCUGUGGGUGUCCAGCUAUUGUGCGAAUCCUAUUGGACAUCCUUUCGACUGUGACUUGGUUCCAUUCACCGUUUGGCAGCUUUUGUGUGUAGGUUGUCCGGUGUUUUGCUUCUUUUCGCUAAACCGAUUACGAAUGGUGAUUGCAGUGGAAUCUUAAUUAAGGCGAUUAUCUCAAGUGUAGUGCUGUGCUGUGCUGUGCUGAAUGCUGCUUUUUUGUCGAGUGUCAUCUUGCAAUGGCAUAAUCGUGUUUGUCAGCAAUUACAGCAACUGGGUGAAGUUGUUAAUUGAGUGAAAAUUACCAUAUUUCGAGAAUGAAGAAUCUUUUUUCUGCUUCUGUUUUCCGCCCACAGCUACCUGGAGGGCACUGGAAAAGGAUGUGUUAAUUGCCCUUCUGCGUGGGGAAGAAAAACGAAUGAAAUCUGAUAAGUUGCAUCUGUGCCGUUCUCAGCUCGAUGCUGCGCGUUUUUUUUUUUGUGAAUAAGCAGUGUUUUUGUGAGUGUGCUCAAGUAGCAGCAUAAAAAGAGUCUUGGCUGUGUUUUAUGACGAAAGUACGUUUAUCUUACCCAAGAAAAAGAAGAAGGAUGCUGGGUUGAAAAGUGAGGAAAAGCCCCAGAGAGCUCGCAAAAAAUAACGAAGUCAAAACCAAUCGAGUGGAAAUUUUCUCAAGCAGUGGAAAAUAUCGUGCAAUCGUGAGCAGUUUGUAACGGCGGGUAAUAAUCUUCCCUACUGGAGAGUGUGCGAUUUGUGGCCAACUCGUUCCUCAUCUACUCGGAACGUACCCAAACGGAUAGAUGAUUUAACCCCUGGAACUUAUCAAGUGGAAAACUUUCACCGGUUGAACGGCACGAAGUUGCUGAUGUUGGCAGCCACCAAUUCACUCGCCAAUCAAUCGGCAUCAUCUUCAUCAUCAUUAACAUAAAUAAUACUGGACCUUUCGUAGCAGCUCUGGAUACCAUCAAUCAUAAGCAACGCGUCGCUGAUUAAUGUAUAGGAUUCACAACUUUGCACCGAUAAAUUGGAAUUUUCCUCCUUUGGCGCAACCUGGCAGAUAUUCGGUGGUGAAAACGUAGAGCAAAAACAACAUCAGUGGUAGUGUUCCGAAAGCCACAAGUGAGUGAAGUAAUCGUUAUUCAAUUUGGCACACACGUUUGUGAUGGCACAAGUGUGAGCUCGAUAUUGCAUUGCAACCCCAACUUCGUUGUCGGAUUUGUAAGCAACCGAAACAAUUUUCAGCUUUCCAACGUUAUCUUCUCGUUGCCAUCGUAGCUUCGUUCCCAAAAAAAGGAGUGACCGAGAACGUAGCGAAAUCUUGAUAUUGAAUUUUGGCAUGGUUUUCGAUUCGUGUACAAUCAGUCAACUUUACAGCUGAAUCACAAGUGUUUCUCGUUUAGUGUAGUACUCGAAAUUGUUGCUGAAUAUUGCUAUAUUUUUAUUCGGUUCCCUCAAGAAAAGCGAAACGGAAAAAAAUCAUCUUUGGCACGCAAAGGAUUCGCUUUUGGAAUAAACAAGUUCGUUUCGUCGAGUUCACGUGUACAAACAACACCCUUCUACUACCGGUUUUUUUUUCCUUCGAUUUACACGUAGUGCACAUCAGUUCGAGUUUCGUUCCGAAUUUUGUGGCUAUCGCUCGAAAAAAAAACAGGAAACAACAGAGCGGUGAAAAACCGGGGUAGAAAAUUAUAAAUAAAUCACGCAACUCCUUGUGGCAAAACCCCGGACCGGCAAAUCUGAUUUUCCACGACAACGGCACUGGAACAGCGCUUUGGGCGGAAAAUGAUGAUGGCCGAUUCAACAAGUUGGACGCCACUUUUUCCGGUGGAUUAAAUGGGACGAUGCUCAACGUAGGCCCUUCUAGCAAUCCUUCGACCAGCAAAAACCGGUGAUGGGUCAUUCAUCGUGCCAUCAAUACCAUCACCGAGAUCGCCAUCAUUUUCAAUUCUGCGCCUCGAGACGACGACGGCCGUUGGAAGUGGAUCCCCGAAAUCGCUGGAUCUCGCCUCACCCGUGGCCACAACAGCUGCACCUGCUAUGGUUGAUUUGUGGCUUUCUGUUGCUGCCAAUAGGGGUACCAUUUCCGGGUGCUUCCGGUCACGCGUUCGAGCAAUCUCCUCUGCUUCAGCGGGAUUCUUCCGAUGUCGAGCCAACAUCUGCGCUAACGGCGGCCACACUUCCGCCCUGUGAGCACAAAGUCCUGGAGGAUCUUCCACCGGAUCCGUUCUACGAUGUUUCGGAUAUUACGAUCCAGGCCGCCAAAUCGUUUGCGGAAUUUCUAGCCAGGUGGAAAAUCGACACCAGCAAGGACACCCAGAAGCUUACCGUGGCCCGGGAGAAGGCCAACGAUCUGGCCGAUUACGUUCUGAAACAAGACGAUGGCUUGCUGGCAGUGGGAAUUGCAUCACCUAAACUUCCACUGGCCGUCGUUCAGUUUCGAGAUAAAAUUGACCCACUGCAUGCGAAUCUCUCGGAAACGAAAAGCUUUCUGUCCACCUACUGGCGCGAGUUGGGCAACGCAUGGAACCAAAGCAAUGGAGCUCAGUUCUGGAGUGCCCCGUUCCGUGAUUGUGGACCACUGUACGGCCGAUGGUUGUGGCCUUUCAGCGUGACGGUCGAAUCGCAAGGAUACAAGAUUGUGGCAUCGGCCUUCAUUGCUGCCGAUGUGGACCAGUGCAACGAUGCCCUGGAGGCGAUAUUUGGCAGGCGCCAUUCGUGCGACCGGGAGUCUACCUUCUGUUUGAUGUCCGAUAUGAGCGAAUCCGUCGGCGUGGGUGGCGGAUCCGGAACGGAGGACCCUGGGAGUGGCCUGGCCGGUCCGGUUCGAGGUAAAUACACCUGCGUGUGUCGCGAUGGGUUCUACAUUCCAAACGAGUCCUUCCAAGGCUUCACAUCGGACAAAAGCGAGUCGAAUCUGACAAACUUGAGCUGUAUUCCAUGCCCAAGUGCGUGUGAAUGCAAUUCGGCCGGAAGUUGCAGCCGACCGGAUGAGGACUUCAGCACGGAAACGUUGAUGAAGGCCACCAUUGGUGCUAUUUUGGGAGCGUGCAUGCUUUGUUGUUUAGUGUUAGCGUUAAUCGUGUUCCGUCAACGAAAGUGCAAGACCAUUGCAACGGGGAUGUGGACCAUUUUAGAAACAAUUUUAUUAGGAAUUCUACUGUUGUAUCUAGCGGUUGCCCUUCACUUCCUGCAAGCGUCAACUCUGCGCUGCCUGCUGGAGCCCUGGUGCCGGGAGCUGGGCUUCAUCAUCUGCUACGGUGCAAUCGUGCUCAAACUUUACCGACACCUGGUGGAAUUUCGCACCAGGAAAGCUCAUCGAUGGGUUGUGAGAGAUCUAGAUUUGCUGCGUUAUCUGUGCGCGAUGACGGUUGCGGUUCUGUGCUAUCUGGCUGCAUUUACCGCGACCAGUAUGGACUUCCUGCGGUACAGCGAGCUGGUCUGGAAGGUGGAAAACACCGACGACCAGGUCACGUCGAACAUGUGCCGGCCGCUCAAGUGGGACUACGUGACCGAGGCCGGGGAACUGCUGAUCCUUGGCUUCGGCCUGCAGCUAGCCAUCGCCAGUCGGAACGCAAACACUCAAUUCAGAGAACGGCAAUUCCUUGUCGCCUCAAUUAUGAUUGAAUUUCUCGUUUCGGCCACCUUCUACAUUCUGCGGUUUUGGUAUCUGGAGGAGUUCAGUCCUUCGACGCUCUUCUUGGCUCUCUUCAUCCGCUCGCAGUUGACCAAUACCAUCACGUUAGGACUCAUAUUUCUGCCAAAACUAUGGUACCAGCAUAAGCAGGUUCGUUCCCUUGCCCACGAUGUAUCAUUCCGCUUACCUGUGGAUGCUUUCAAGGGUGCCCAUGACAGUUCCCACCACGGAGGCGGCCUUGGAACCUAUGCCGGCAUCUGCGUCGGCGAUCCGGAAGUUGGCGAGGUCACCAUCUCGGAGAUGAGCCCCGAGGACAUCCGGGCCGAACUGAAAAGACUGUACACACAACUAGAGUAUCUAAAGAACAAAACCCUGCGCCAAGACAAUCCUCACAUAAGCAAACGAAGGGGAGGCCGCAAGGUGGCUCAUCGUAGAUUUUCGUUACAGGAAGCAGAGAAAAGAUUACCGAAACAGAAACAGAACCGAGUGAGAUACGAAGUGGCACUUCAUAGGGCACGCCGUCUUAGGCCAUUCACUUCAAUGCCACACUACUUCUCCUUGCGCCAGCACACUAUCGCCGAACGGAUGCUGUAUUACUCUCUUCAUCGCAUCGCAAGGGUUGUCUCCGUGAAAGGCGUUUGCGCACCAUCGAGCAACCACCAGCUGAACCAUUUGACCAGUACUCAACUUAACUCGCGGAACAAGUUUUCUCCUGCAUAUUCCAGCAACACUACGCGAGCACACUCUCGGGGAGGAAAGCUGGCUUUGACCUACUGGCUAAGGGACCGAUUAAUGAUUGGAAUCUCCCAAGGACCUUACAGUCGUCCCUUGACGAGUCGGUAUGGAAAAUGCGUCUCCAGCAAACAAAUAUCACGAUAA